AGUCGCGAAUUUAUAUAGAUUAGUUCUAGGCCGGGCACGACACUCCACGGACAUGACACGGAUGGGACUUGGACUUUUGCUGACGGCCGUCAUGGCGCUCUCCGCUGCAGCCCAUCCCAAGCUGGAGAGAUCGCUGUCAGAGGGGCAGGACUGCCCCAGUCGCGCCGGAUAUCCCGCGAGCCGCUGCCAGACCAUCAAGAACUGUCCCAAUGUCGUGCAGUAUAUUGUUUCCACCAACAUGACGCUGAACGAUGUGGUGCAGUGCGGAUUAACUGUCUUCGUGGAGCUCAUCUGCUGCCCCAAGGAACCCCCGGAGCCCAGCCUCCAAGCAGUGUCCUCGACGACGCAAUCGAGGUUGCCCGCUGGUGGUCAGAGAGUACCCCAGCCCGAGCGCGUGCGUGAGCCCUAUGGCCAUGUGACCGCCCUGCAGUACUUGGCCCCACAGACAUUGGACUCGUACAUCUUCCGCUGCACGGGCUUCCUUCUCAAGGAGAACUUUGUCCUCACCUCAGCCGCAUGCGCUGGCUCCUUAAUGGAGGAGCCCAACCACGUGCGGCUGGGCCCAGAAGAGCCCUUCGGGGACAGCAGGGAGAUCAAUAACAUCACGUACCACGGCAACGACCUCGUGCUGCUCCGCACGAGCCAAGGCUACGGCAGGGAAUUCAUUGCCGAGAUCUGCAGGCAGGAGGACCUCGACAACCGACGCAAGCUGGUCGCCGUGGGUUUCUCCCAGAAGAACGGGGAGAACUGCCAGUGGUUCGAGCAGGAAGUGAACAUCGCCCCGUUCGCCCGCUGCGAUCGUGUGAGCAUCAACCGUCUCGUCACCGGCAUCGACCCCGUGAAUCACUUCUGCGUGGCUCCCGCCGGGGCCAGUCCUCCUCCUCCGCCCGGAAGCUGCGUGCCGUGCCUGCGCGGCAGUGCCAGCGGACUUCACGUGAUCCGUGGCGAUGGCACCGUCUGCCUGGCUGGCGUCGCCACGCCCACCAGCAAGGCCUGCGCUGCCGGCACGAAACAUCUGUACUAUACCAGCCUGCUCGGCCCGAGAAACAGCAGAUUCCUCAACGACAUGCUGCAGGUGCCAGCGGCAGCAGGAUUUAGACAGCAACGAUCCCCUACAUAUUGAUGGAAUAAAUAUUGUUUGGAGCAUCAC